AUGGUGGUCGGGGUCAAGAUGUGGAGAUUGAUGGAGACGGAGCUCUCCCUCAUGUACGACAUGCUGUACACCAAUGCAGCGGUCAUCCACACCUGGUUCGGCUACACGGUACGUCUCGUCUCGCCGGUCGCCAUUGUCGCCUCACUGCUGCUGUUUAAGCUCACUAGCAAGGAUGCCCACCGCAGUGCUGACGUUGUGAUCACCUACGUCUUGUAUGGUGGCGCUUUGUUCAUGGAGACGACGUCUCUGCUGAACGCGCUAGGCUCCUCUUGGACAUUUGCGUUUCUGAGUACCACCAGAUGGCGCUGGCUUCGAUACGCAGCUCUGUGCAACGAAAGAUGGGACCGACUCAGGUGGUCCGUUGCGUAUCUUCAUCAUCUGGUCAGCAUAGGAGGACGAAGCCGGUACAAAUCAAGGAGGUGGUCAUGCAUGAUAGGGCAGUACAACAUGCUGCACUUGUGCACUCGUUCUGAGAGUGCUCUGCUCGGCAGGCUGGCACAGGUGGUGGGACUGGGACUCAAUGAAUGGUGGAAUAGGGGGCAUUACUCGUGGAUCAUUGAGAUGCCGGACCAUGUCAAGGAUCGUAUUUCUCAACAUAUGAACAAAGUUUACACGGAAGGGGUUGCGAUCAACUCGUUGGGCAUGCUCAGGAACAGGUGGGGCGAGGAGCCAUUGAUUCGCAAGGAGCUGCUGCAAGGCAUACUCAAGGAUUCGCUUGGCGUUGAGUUCCAGGAGUGCGUCAUCAUGUGGCACAUCGGCACCGACGUUUUCCUCGCCAAGAGCGAGGGCUCCAUUGCGGCGGACGACGAGGAGGCAUCGCUCGAUGUGGAGGCCAUCAAGGUGAUAUCCAACUACAUGAUGUUCCUCCUCGUGGAACAACCUGACAUGCUGCCAGGCCUUUCCCAGAACAGGCUCUACCAACGAACCUGCGAGAAUCUGGUCAACACUAGACGAUCGACUUAUCAUAGGCACAACAACGACCCGAGCUUCUGUGCCAAGCUCAAGAAUCUCUUCCGCCUGCAGGAUGACCACGCUUCAAAGUCCAGGGUCACCGACAGAGAGGAGCUCGCGAAAACCAUAUAUGAUGAGUACGAGAGCAAAGGAUUCAGCCACGAUUCUCCUCGACUCCCUUAUGUAGUUAAACUUGCCAAGCAGCUGCUAACGAUGGAGGAAAAUGGCACUGCUGACUCGGUGAAACUCGUCCUUGAUGUGUGGACGGAUAUCCUUGUCUACGCAAGCAACAAAUGCAGCAGGAAGGCCCAUGCCGAGAAGCUAAAUAGUGGCGGUGAGUUGACAACCAUCCUGUGGCUUAUGGCAGAACAUUUCUACCAAAUUUAUCUGGACAAGCUUAUUAAAAAAGCGAAAAAUAACUCAUCGUGA